UUUUUUAUUUUUUUCAAAUCGAGAUCAUCAUGAAAGACACAUUACUUCCAGUACCAGGAGAUAGGGAAUCUAGGAUAAAUAGUUAUAUGGAUCGGCACGAGCGCUAUGUUAGAGAGACAAAAGAAAGUGAAAGUGAAAUAUUAUUUAUUGGAGAUUCAUUGAUUGAGCACCUAGUUCAAACAGAUAUAUGGGAUCAAUUUAGUCAAAUGCAUGCCCUUAAUUUUGGAAUAAGUGGGGACAAAACACAAAAUGUUUUAUGGAGGAUUAAAAAUGGUGAGCUAGAUUUUGAAGAUAAUAAACCAAAAGCUGUAAUUUUGCUCAUUGGAACUAACAACACUGAGAGUACUGAAGAUAUUGUGGAUGGCAUUAUUGAAAUUAUUAAAGAAAUUCAAAUUAAAUUGCCCAAUUCAUACAUACUUGUCAUGUCUUUAUUUCCCAAAGGGCAGUAUCCAUGUCCUGAGAGGUCUAAAAUAGCAUCCAUUAAUUCCCUCCUUGCAGGUAAACUUUACUUUCCAAAAUUGGUUGAUUUGGAUCCUACAAUUGACCAAUCAAAAGACAAGAUAUUUUCUUCUUUAGUUCGAUUUGUUGAUUUAGAUCCUGGAUUUGUUCAAUCAGAUGGCCGGAUUAAUCACCAUGAUAUGUAUGACUAUCUUCAUCUGACCAAACGAGGGUAUGAAAGAGCCUUUUCACCACUUAUUCAUAUUUUACAAAAUCUCAUAUAUGAACAAAUAUGAGAAAUCAUUAAUCAUAAUUUAAUAUUUUCUAUAAUUAUAAUCAUGUAAAUAUUUGGAAAAAAUUGUAUUUUAAUUAAAUUCAAAUUACAUACAACAGAUAUUAUAACUAUAUGUCUUUAUACUUGAAAUCAAAUAAAUUUAAAAUUAUAACCCCCCUCCCCCCUUCUUUUUUACAAUGUUAGAUAUUAUCAGAACAUUGUAGUUGAAUUAAAACUUGAUUAUCCAUUUAUUUAAUAAUAUUUCUCUUAAAGCCACAAAGCAUUUAAUAAAAAUUACCUAAUCAUAAACAUCCUAACAUUAUAUUUGCUUAUUAGUAUAUUAUGUAUAUAAAUAUCCAAUUAUUUUGUUGUUUCAUAACAAUUUUUUGUUUAAGAUUUUUAUAGCUGUGAUUAGAUAUGUUUUUUUCUAGUUCAUUCCACCAUAUUUCAACCAACCUAUAAUCUCAGACCAAAUUCAUUUUCUUGGAACUUAGAAUUUAUAUGUCAUUUGUAUACUUUAUAUAAAUAUAUAGUCUAUGUUUCAUAUGUAAUUUAUAAAAAUAUUUAUAUUAUUUCAGAGUUUAUAGAGUUUUAUUUAUUUAAAUUAUAAAUGC